AUGGCCAAGACGCAGAGACGCAAGGCGACAGAAAAGUCGGUUCUGCUGGGUGUGCUGGGGACAUGCGCCCAGACGGAGAUGAAAAGGGUAGUUGGGGACAACGCCACGCUGCCCUGCCACCAUCAGUUCUGGGUGGGGGACGACCCCACGCUGGAUAUUGAGUGGCUGCUGCUCAAGCCUACCAACAGGCAGAGAGUGGUGAUCACCUUCUUCGCUGGACGGGUGUUCGACCCCAAUGAGGUGGAGCGCAGCCGGGUAUCCUUCGCUGGAGAGUACUUAAAGGGGGACGCGUCCCUGGUGAUCAGCGACCUGUCCCUCAUAGACUCAGGAGAGUACAGCUGCAAAGUGAAGACCGGAGCUCAGUACCACUGGAGCACCAUCAGCCUCAUAGUGCUGGAUUCGUCCAGAUCCACGGUGAAUGUAUCUUCGUCGUUUGAGAAUAGUAGAGUGUUGGGCAAGCAGAGCUGGAGGGGUCCUGGAGUGUAUGACACUCCUCCCAUGGUGGUGAAGGGGCCCUCUAGUGGUCGGGAUAUAUAUGACACCCCAGUAGGCUCGGACAAGCACACACAGCAGACGGUCUAUGACUUCCCCCCCUCGGUCAGUAAAGAUGUCCCUGACGCUCAUCCAAUCAGAGAGGAGACCUACGACGUGCCACCUCACUUUGCCAAACUCAAGCCAGUCCCCGCCCCCCCCGGCCAGUACAACCAUCUCCUGGACGACGAUGAGCCGCCCAUUCCAGAGGAUGUGUACGAUGUCCCGCCCCCAAUCCUGACUGACAAGCGUUACCGCGCCGACAGGGACGGGGUCAGCCAGAACCCCCAGGACAUCUACGACAUCCCCGCCAGCCUGCGGAGCGGGGGGCACUCCGCCCAGGACGUGUAUGACUUCCCCCGGGACCGAGAGGAGAAAGGGGGAGAUAACAACAUCUACGAUGUGCCCCCACAGGUGGUGCGUGACGCCCAGUCCACCAGUGAGGACCUCAGCCUGUCCUUCAAGCGUCUCUCUGCCUCGAGCACAGGAAGUACACGGAGCAACCACUCUGCCUCCUCCCUGGACAUGGUCCCAGUCCGAGACAGCUCCUCAUCCUCCUCACUUCCUGGCUCUGCUCCAGGGAAACCCCUCAUCCUGGACCUGGAGCAGGCCAUGGAGCGCCUGUCCCGCCUGCAGCAGGCCGUGGAGUCCAGCGUCUCCCUCAUGAUGUCCUUCAUCACAGGAAACUGGAGAAGCUCUGCUCAGCUGGAGGGGAACCUCCCGGCCAUCCACCAGGCCGCUGACCGUGUGCGCUCUGCAGUGAGGGACUUCCUGGAGUUUGCCCGGGGCGCGGUGGCUAACUCCGCCCAGGCCACGGAUCGCUCUCUGCAGACCAAGCUGUUCCGUCAGGUGGGCAAGAUGGAGGAGGUCUUCCAGAGUCUGAUUCAGCACAGUCAGGGUUUGGACGCCAUUUCCUGGUCGCACACUGGGCUCGCAGCGCCGCCACCAGGAGGGGACGACUUGGAUCGGCUCAUCAUGACGGCUCGAGGUAUCCCUGACGACGCCAAGCAGCUGGCCUCCUUCCUCCACGGCAACGCCUCGCUGCUCUUCAAGAGAAACAACCGGCAGCAGCAGCAGCUUCCGCUUCCUCCAAUCCCAGGAGAGAUCAGCAGUCACAUGACAGGAUCAGGAAGUGGGAGCUAUCAGGGAGGGGAGAAGGUGCACAUUCAGUCGAGACCCCUCCCCUCGCCUCCGAAGUUCUCAGCUGCAGAGGAGGAGGGUAUGGAGCGGCCGUACGAGAGCACAGAGGAGGGCUGGAUGGAGGACUACGACUACGUACAUUUACAGGGAAAGGAAGAGUUUGAGAAGAACCAAAAACAGCUGCUGGAGAAAGGCAACAUCAGCAGACACAAGACACAACUGGAACAGCAACAGAUUAAACAGUUUGAGCGGCUGGAGCAGGAAGUCAGCCGGCCAAUCAACAACGACAUGACGGGCUGGGUCCCGCCCCCACUGCACCCUCCAGCCAACCAGCAGGCCCAGAAUGGCUCUGGAGGCUCCUCCUCCUGCUCCUCUUCCUCCAAGCUGUGCCACGGCGACCGGCAGCUCCUCCUCUUCUACCAGGAGCAAUGUGAGCAGAACGUCACCACGGUAACCAACGCCAUAGACGCCUUCUUCACUGCCGUCAACUCCAACCAACCUCCAAAGAUCUUCGUGGCGCACAGCAAGUUCGUCAUCCUCAGCGCACACAAGCUGGUGUUCAUCGGGGACACGCUGUCCAGGCAGGCCAAGGGCCCCGAGGUGAGGUCCCGCGUGGGGCAGAGCAGCAACACGCUCUGCGAAAAACUCAAAGACAUCGUGAUCAGCACCAAGACGGCGGCGCUGCAGUACCCGUCCCCCGGAGCCACCAGGGAGAUGACUGACAGGGUGAGGGAGCUGGCGGGGUGCACGCAGCACUUCAGGAUGGUGCUGGGGCAGCUGCUGGUGAUGUAGGGGGGGGGGGGGCAGUGACAUAAACUCAGAGUCCCAGGAACACGGGGCAGAGACUCCCCCCCCCGGAACGAAGGGAUGGUACGCCCCUGCAGCUCGGGGUAGGAGGACCUGUGGAGCCCCUCCAGUGUGGGGUGGAGACCCCACAUCCACCCUCUGCUCCCUUCCUACCUCACCUUCCACUGGGACCAUUCCUCCCCCAUCCCUCCUUUUUAUUCUACUCAAAGGAACAUUUGUAUUUUCAGUGGGCUGGGCCAAUGGUUGUAAAAUAAUCACUGUAAAUAUUUAAGUUACUGUUAAGUCAGAAAACCAAGAAAGAAAAAGGACUUCCAGUAUAUAAAUAUAAAUAUAUGGUUCUUUUUUGAAGAAGAAGAAGAAGAAGAAAGAAAACAUGAAAACAUAAGUGUAGUUUUUAGACAACAUCAAUAAUUGUUAUUAUUAUUGCUAUACCGUAUAAUUCUGGCUGAUUCCUGAUCCGUGUAUCGUUGUUGUUAUGGAUGUGUAAAUUCCAGAUGAUAUGUAUGACUGUAUGUUGUAGUACAUCUAUGCUCUUCUCCAUCCCUGACAAAGGCACACUUUCCAAAAAGCACUGGAGCACACGGCCAUCUUGAACGUUUUGCCGCGCUGCAGUGAGUUUCACACUGAUUACAAUCGAGCAGUGAAGGCAACACGAGCCCUGCACAGGUCCACUGAUGCAGGUGGGAGCUGAUCCAGUGCCCUCUCAGUGGCUUUCUGAGAAACUAUAUGUAGGUUGUUUUGUAAGAGGCAUGUAUUAGAGAAAAGGAGUGUAAAAGGUUCAAAUCUAGAAUUGAAAUUAAACCUGCUUUCCUCUU